UGGACCUUGAGCUACCACCUUAACUCGUGCAAUGUUAAUGCCGAGUGAAAUAAUACAACAGGAUUGCUGGCAUGUGGUUGACUGAGCCGAAGAUGCUGGUAAAGUGGAACUAAAAUAAUUGGUAUUGAUAUUAAGACAUUAUACGAUGAAUAAUACUUAUCAGACUACCCUCAAUAGCGGGGACCCGUUUAUAACAGGAGGAUUGUGUGUACAGAAAUAGUUGAACAAAAGGAGGUUAUUAAUAUUCAAGUGGCAAAGCGUGGUUUAAGGAAAUACCUCCGUUUUUUUGAGGUCGCAAUGAGCAAGAAAGCGUGCCGCAGCCACCUGGUGAACGGAAAUCGGAAAUACGUCAUUAAGCUGUCAAGAGUAGGGAUAACCGGAUGUUCCUACGUUGAGAUGUGACGCGGAAACAUAAACCCAAUAAAGACCAACAGCACGCGAUGGAAGUACAGUCAUCCUGAAGUGGCCCAGUGUACUGGCAUGGUGCCUGACUUGGACCGGUUUGAUGCGCAGUUCUUCAAAGUCCAUUAUCGUCUCGGCAUCUCUAUGGAUACUAUGGCGCGCAAGGUGCUCGAACAAUCCUAUCAAGCUAUUUAUGACGCUGGUAUAAGUCCAGAGCAACUUUCGGGGAGGAAAGUGGGAGUCUUCAUUGGCUCCUGCUUCUCUGAGACGGAGAAAAUUGCUUUCUACGUUUCUAAUGUCAGAUGGGGAUUUGGUAUUGCAGGAUGCAAUAAAGCGAUGUUUGCGAAUCGAAUAUCGUAUUGGCUGAAUGCAAAAGGACCGUCAGUGUCCAUAGACGAAGCCUGUUGUAGUUCCCUCGGAGUCUUACAACAGGCCUACUUGGCUAUUAAGAGAGGUGACUGCGAGUCUGCUAUCGUGGGUGGAGCUCAUGUAUGUCUUCAUCCACAGUCCUCGCUGCAUUAUUCAAGAAUCAUGGCUUUAUGUAGAGAUGGUAAAACAAAGUCUUUCGAUCAGAAUGCUGAUGGAUUUGCCAAGUCAGAGGCAGUAAAUGUACUUUUCAUACAAAAAGCCAAAGACGCCUUAAGAAUUUAUGGCGAAGUGCGUCAUAUUAAAUGCGAAUUCACUCAAUUAAUGAACACCGAGUCAGGACCACGAUAUGGAUUUUAUCGAGAACCAAGAGUUAUGAUUAAUUUCCUAAAGAAUUUUUACGAGGAAUCAGGCGUGCCUCCUAGUACUGUGGAGUAUGUUGAAGCCUUCGGGUCAGCCGUUGCGGAUGCCGAUAAAUCAGAGUUGGAAGUUAUUGACGAAGUAUUUUGCAAGGACAGAGAACAUCCUCUUAUGGUUGGAAGUGUGAUGUCUAACAUAGGAUACGGUGAAGCUGCUUCAGGAAUUUCAAGCAUAACAAAGGUUUUGUUAGGAUACCAUAAAGGGCUAUUGGCUGGGAACUUGCAUUGUGAAACUCCUAGGCGAGAUGUGGAAGCUGUUCGAGAGGGUCGACUCCAGAUUCUUACUGACCACGCACCCUUUGGAGGCUCAUACGCCGCUGUCAAUGGAAUAUCUGUCACUGGCUUAAACGCACACGUGCUCUUACAUGGCCAUUAUAAACCCAAGGAUCUCAAUCGUUACAAGUGCGACAUCCCGCGUCUAGUAACAAUUUCCGGCCGCCACGAGUCCGCGGUGAAGAAAAUUAUCGACGAUUUGAAGUCUCGCCCCGUGGACCCUGAGGAGCUGGCUCUGUUGCACAACGUCUUCAAAACAAAAAUCACAGGACACAUGGCGAGAGGAUUAGUAAUACUAGAUACCAAAGGGGAUUCAACUGUCAGCUUACAUGAGAAAGUGGAUUAUUUCGACAACUCGAAACAGCCUCUUUGGUUCGUGUACAGCGGCAUGGGCUCCCAGUGGGUCGGCAUGGGCACGCAACUCAUGCGCAUACCGAUCUUCGCAGCAGCUAUUGAACGAUGUGAUCGAGUUUUGGCACCUAAAGGUAUAAAUAUCGUGGAUAUAAUAACAUCAGAGGACAAAACUACGUUCGACAACAUCCUGCACUCAUUUGUGGGUAUCGCUGCCAUCCAGAUCGGACUCACUGAUGUUCUGCACGCUCUCGGAAUUGUACCCGACAAAAUUAUAGGUCACAGCGUUGGGGAGCUCGGAUGCGCAUACGCGGACGGUUGUCUCACUGCUGAGGAGAUGAUACUGUCGGCGUACAGUCGGGGCUUCGUCUCUGUGCAGACUCCUUUCAUACGAGGAUCUAUGGUGGCCGUGGGUCUGGGAUACCGUCAGAUCUCGAAAAUGUGCCCGCCCGAGAUCGAGGUGGCGUGUCACAACAGUUCUGAAUCCAGCACCAUAUCAGGCCCAACGGACGUAAUGCGAGAGUUUAUAGGCGUGCUCACUGCCAAAGGAAUAUUCGCGAAAGAAGUUCCGUGCUCCAACAUUGCUUAUCACUCACGAUACAUUGCUGAAGCAGGUCCUGCGCUGCUGAAACAUCUAGAAGAAGUAAUUAAAACUCCGAGAGCUCGCAGCGAGCGAUGGGUGUCGACGUCGGUGCCACAAGACAGGUGGAACGAACCAAUCGCCAAACUGUCUUCAGCGGAAUACCACACCAACAACCUACUGAGCUCGGUGUUGUUCGAAGAGACCGCUGCCCUAAUUCCGCCCAAUGCUGUCCUCGUGGAGAUCGCGCCGCAUGGACUAUUGCAAACCAUUCUGAUGCGCUUGCUUCCUGGGAGCUGCUGCAACAUCGCACUCACAAGACGUGGUCAUCCUGAUAAUGCGUAUUUGGUCCUAGAAGCUAUUGGAAAAUUGUACAUGGCAGGCUACACGCCUAAAGUGGAAGCGAUCUAUCCCAAAGUUGAAUUUCCAGUGUCUUCCAGUACGCCAAUGUUGUCUCAUACAGUGGAAUGGGCACACGAAGAAAAAUGGCCCUUACCAUUAUAUACAUCAGCUCACAGAAAAAUGGCGGCAUCGUGCAAAUUUGUGUUAAAUGUCUACGAUGAGGAACACAGCUACUUAAGAGGACAUGUUAUGAGAGGGAAAACAUUAUAUCCAUUCGCUGCAGCGCUAGUGGCUGUGUGGGAUACCCUCGCUAUGUUUAUGGGUGUUCCUAAGAAGGAGGUGUCUGUGGAGUUCCGCGACGUGCAUUUGUUUGCGCAGCCCGUGCUGCACGAGCAGCGACAGCUCCGGCUCAGCGUCGACCUGCACAGAGGCACUGGACGGUUUGAGGUUUUGGAUGACAACUCCAAAGUAGCCACCGGAUUUAUAGACGACAAAUGUAAUAAAAAUAUUAAAAGUUGCAAUAACAAUGAUAUUAUGAAUCUCACGAGCGAAGACAUUUACACAUUGUUGAAUAAUAGAGAUUAUUCGUACAGUGGAGAUUUUCGCAGUAUUCACAGUGCCAACUCAUCAAUAACGGAAGCUCUGAUAUUAUGGCGCGAAAACUGGGUCACACUGCUCGACGGAUUGCUGCAGCUGAACGCGCUGAGACAUACUCACGAUGGCGUAUCAGUGCCCAAACAGAUUGGUAGAAUGUGUAUAAACGUAUCAGAAAACACUAAACACCACAUGGAUCUGGAUGGCGAGACAGUUAUAAGAACUAAAGUAUCUGAUGUCUAUAAAUAUACUAGCUGUGGAGGAAUAUUAAUAGAGCAUUUAAAACUUCGCGAUUUGCCACUGGAGUCAAGAGAUAAUUUUGCUAUAAAGUCAUUGCAAUUUGUGCCCCGAUUUUCUGCCAAAUUAGACUUUGUCUCUACUUUGCACGUGUAUCUGCAAAUUGUAGCGGAAAAUUUAAACAGAAAUUACAUUAACAUUGCUUCCCUCGUGACUUAUAAGGAUGCAAGGAUUUUUAAAGAGAUUAAAAAUAUUUUAAUUGAUAUAAAUAAUGUAAACUUCAAACACAAAGAAGUUAGUAUGCAAGACAUAAAAGAAAAUAAUGAUGCUCUGGCUGAUAUUGACCUCGUUCUCCUCUAUGGUCUUUCGAUAGAUGAUAAUAUCUGUCAUAUAUUGUACCAAACACUGAAGCCAAACUCUUUCGUCGUAAGCGAAGAGGACAAUACUAUGGAGAAACGCAUUCGUCCGUCUGCGGUGUAUCGCACGGUGAGCGCUGGUGACGAACUGCAGUUGGUCCGCUGGAGGUCUUCAAAAGUAUCCUCAAACCGCUUAGCUGUUUCUGUAUCCUCUGCUUCUGACAUUCCUCUGGUGACCGCGACGCGCGACGCUAUGCAGCCGCAAGCUCAGUUGCUGGUACUGGCACCUCAACCACCACCACAGGGUCUAAAGGACCUCGUACGUACUUGGAGAACUGAACGUGUUCGCAACCAAGUUUCUCUAGUAGUAAUGGAUACAAAAUGUACUGAUGAGCAGAUGGAUACCAACAUCGAACUAGCUUUCAAUGUUUGGAACAAGUGUCAAUGGGGUGGAGAGUAUUACGUGCCAUUACAAGAGAAGUACGAAACUGCGACAAGAGGGAUGUUACAAAGCGCACGUAUUGGAGAUAUCAGUUCCCUGCAUUGGGUCCAGGUUCAUGAACCUCUUGAAGUCGGCGUUAAAGUAAAGGUUCAUUAUGCAGGGCUCAACACGGUAGAUGUAUUAAAAGCGACUGGUGCUGUUCCAAUGGAGAAUGAAAAUGAAUCAACCAGCAGUGGAUAUGGGAUGGAUUUUAGCGGAGUUACAGAAAGUGGUACCCGCGUGAUGGGCGUGGUGUCCGGCGGCGCAUGCAGCAGCGAGGUGCGCGCGGCGCCGGAGCUGCUGUGGCCGGUGCCCGAACACUGGACGCUUGAGGACGCCGCCACCGUGCCGUUACCAUAUCUCAGAGCUUUCUACUGCUUUUUACGUACCAUCUCGCGGGACAGAACAGUGGACAAGUCUGAAGCAUCUUCUUUGUUUGUACAUGGCGGUGUCGGUGCCCUAGGGCAGGCAGCGAUUUCCAUCGGACUAGGGCUGGGGUACCAAGUGUUCACUACCGUAAGUGACGUCGCGAAGAAACAGUUUCUGAUGAGACUGUUCCCACAAUUAAAAGAAGAGAACAUCGGUAAUUCUCGUGACAACAGUUUCGGAGACUCGGUGCUGCGCGCUACCAACGGCAAAGGAUGUUACAUAGUUAUUAACAAUGUCAGGGGAGAUAUGAAAAAUGUGUCCCUACAGUGCUGCAGCGGUUCAGGCACUACCUAUGAUAUGUGCCAACUUAUUCAUCACGAAAACUAUAUGUUUCCGAUGUCAUAUCUAUUCAAUGCGAGAUCAUAUGUAUCAUUAGAUAUAUCUUCAAUAUUAAAGAACUGGAUCGAAAAAGAUAUAAAGAUGCUACACGCGAUGGUGAGUGAGGGAAUAGCGCGCGGGUACGUGCGUCCGCUGUCGCGCGUGUCGUACGCGCCGCACGCCGCGCCGCGCGCGCUGCGCCUGCUCGCGGCCAGCGCGCACCGCGGCCGAGUGCUGCUGCACCUGCGCGACUCGCGCCUGCACGUGCUGCCCAGAAUUAGCUGCAAACCUGACGAGGUCCAGUUGAUUUUGAGCGACCGGAGUUCACUCGGCUUGCACCUGGCGGACAGACUAAUAAACCGUGGCGCCAGGAAACUCCAUAUGCAUUGCACAUAUUUAACUCCGCAUUUACACUAUAAAAUUCGUUCUUGGCAACAACAAGGUGUUCUAGUGGAGGCAUCAUCUGAAGAUUUUAAUGACGAGGGAAUAUCAACACUGAUGCAGAAUGUCUGCAGUCUGGGGACAGUGAGCGGUAUUUACGUUACUGCCACAGACGCUUCUGCCAACUCCGAUAAGAAAUAUUUGUCAGCUCUGAAUACAUUGGAUUUGGUUUCCAGAAGACUAUGUCCUUACUUAAGGUACUUCGCAGUUAUAAGCUCAGAUAUGACUGCAAUGCACACUUGUAUAGAUCGUGUCAGUAAUGGAUAUCCUGCAACACUGCUCAAGUUCAAUUUCAUUGAAACAAGCAUCGCGAACGAAGGAGGGUUUGAGCUGAGCGCGUCGCAGUGGCUCGGCGUGGUGGCGGCGGCGGAGCGCGCGCUGCACUCGCCGCACCCGGCGCUGCUCGCGCACCAGCUGCGCGCACCACACGCGCCGCUGCUGCAACAGAUCGCUCAUGUCGCCGGUUAGUGACGCACACUGCUUGUGAGCUAACACUUACUAGAACACAGCGAAUGAAGGAGGGUUGGAGCUGAGCGCGUCGCAGUCGCUCGGCGUGGUGGCGGCGGCGGAGCGCGCGCUGCACUCGCCGCACCCGGCGCUGCUCGCGCACCAGCUGCGCGCACCACACGCGCCGCUGCUGCAACAGAUCGCUCAUGUCGCCGAUAUUGUUAUACCUGAAGACUCCCAAGAUAAUGAUACGCUUGAAAGUUUUGGAAUCCAAAACGAGAAAUUAGAAAGAGUUCGAACCUUUUUA